AUGCAAUCCCUCUUGCCGUCGUCUACUUCCUCUUUGCCAACGGCAUCCUUAUCGACGACCGACAUUGCUGACUUGCCAUCGUCCGCUCAGUUAUCACGUCAAACAAUUACUGUGGCCGAUUGGGCAGCCGUAAAAAAACCCCAUCCUUCUUCUCACACUUGUCGUUCCAACGACGAUGAGGAUAACGAAUGGCAGAACGUUUACCGUAACAUUAAACGCAUGGAUCAACUGUACGAUGCUACUUUUUACUCUUGGCUAAAAUCAGAAGACAAUGUUCUCGUCACCGCAAUGUAUUUGCAUCGAAUAGCCAACGAAUAUCCCUUGGAACGUAUUAUCAAUGCACUAAAAUGGCUGAUCAAUGACUGGCGCUGGGAAAGUACCAGUAUACUGGUACGGCACGUCACUGUAGACUGGUGCGACGAAGCGGGUGAUUAUCGACGGGCAGAACUCCUGCGUCAUUUGACACAUAACUGGGCCACCCAGUAUACAGCGACAUUGAUCACGACCAUUCUCGCUGCUUCACCUUAUCAAACGGCCGAAAACGAACAACGCGAACGGUUUAUUCGUGCCUUUACUAAAAACUGGGACUUUUCAAAGUUGUCCGAGUUUUUCAUGUAUUUGCAAAGUCGGGCCAACAUUGAUUACAAAGUCAAAUGCGUGAUGCUGCAAGAAGUCGCUAGAAAGGAACGGGAAACCUUGAGUGCCAAGAUGAGACGACGACGAGGCAAGCAAGCCGAACAUGAUGUGACGUUGACCGAUGAUAUGGCACACCCGCUUCCCAUACAAAAAGGCGAAAGUAGCCGCAGCGUGGAUGAGAACGACGCUUCGGCGCGCUGCCUUGCGGAACCAACGGCUUCAGGCGGAGUAGAAACAUCAGAUCACCUGCAAUAUGGAGAGGAUGCAUCGUCACGACGCCAUCAUCGCCGCAUUUCCAGUAACACCAUCACCGAUACCAAACGCCUUCGUCUUUCCGCCCCACUGAAAGAGUCUGAAGAAAUAACCGACGGAGAAUCUUCUUCUUCCUCCUCCUCCAAUUCCUCCAACUCCACCGCUCGAACAUCCGACGCCCCCGUGCCCAUCAGUUCCACAAGUACCAUCACACAUCAAUCCCCUACCAAUAAUCGACGAGCCACUACUUUUGACCAUCCGCACCAUCAUUCCCAUCACCAUCACCACCAUCAUUUACGUUCCACCACUUCGGUGACAGACGCGGAUCUGUCUCUUAGAAAUAGCAAUGCCACUACGGGCGCUACCAAUGUGAGCGACGAUCUAGCGCAUCUUCACAUCGAUAUUGCUUCCGGAUCCAAUGCCAAUUUAUCACCGAAUCCUUCCUCCUCUAAUCCUUUUGUGAAUGCUCGUCACCACCAUUGUUAUCCUUACAGCUCCAGUUCCUCUUCCUCCCAUCUCCAUACGACGAUGCAUCUGAGACGUCGUUCAAGUUCGACGGCGUCCUCGUCUUCCAGCUCUUCAGAUCAUACCCUCGAUGAAACACCGGAUACGUCGACUUCAUCCAAUUUACGAAAACGGGGCGGUACCACUCUAUCCAGUAACGUUUCCCGUCAUUUGGCUGAUGAAUAA